GUUCUUUCCCGCCGCAGCGGCGCGUGCUAUCAAAAAUGGAGCAGCGAGGCGGCUCCAGCGGCUCGACCAAGAUGUCGGAGCAGUCUCGCGACCGGGCGAAAACGUUCUCGGGACUGCACCUUCAGAUACCGAACACCGCGGGGCAUGCGGACGAGGCGAUAAACGAGGAGCUCCGGCGGGAAAACUCCAUCACGAUGACGCCGGGCGGCCUGAAGUCCGCAACGCUGUGGCCCUGGGCCCAGCGGAACCACGCGCGGCGGUCCUCCGUGAUGCGGGUGCCACCCUCCGAGCAGCCAAGCGCACACGUCGCGGGCAGCGGGGGCGGGGAGGCCGGAAUGAUUCCGCCCGGCCCCGACGCGUACUGCUCGACCGAGCAGAUCCGGAUGACCGCAGCGUCGCAGUCGCCGACGCCGCAUCUCGACGACCGCUCCGGGGGGUCCGGGGGCAGCCCCGCGCCCAGCGUCAGCACGACCCGGUUGAACGGCAACGUUCCCGGGCCUGCGAGCACCACCGCGACGAGGGUCGGGAAGCCGAAUUUUUUUCAGCAGGGGGUGCAGAAGAAAACGAGCCUGAGUAAGCUGGAGCGCGGGUGGGAUCCACGCCGAGCCCUCUUCACGCCGUUCACGCGCGACGAGCACGCGGAGCACUACAAGUGGCAAGACCGUCUGAUCCCCCGCGAUUCUCCGUUCUGCCAGAGUAAGGGAAAUCUCGACGUCGAGCGCCAGAUACCAGGGUAUAAUGAACGCGGGAGUAUUGAAUGAUGUUGCGAAAAAGUCAAGCAGAGCUAAGCGUCAGUCAUGCAAAAGUAGUGGGGUGCUGGCGCGAAAGCGCGUGUUGUGCAGCUUUGAGAGUAAAACCAUAUGCAAGGAGAACAGGCUCGCACUUCCGCGCAUCGGACAAGACAAGAACUUUUGAUUUUUUUCAGCAGGUCUUGUGCUACGUAUACUCCACCAAAAAAAUCGGUUGACUAAAAACAACUCCAGGUACCUUGGAUCGUCGCUCCGUUCGCUGUACUACCAAAAUCUGUUCCACUCCAUCCUGGACUUCCGCAUGCGCACGCACGUGCUGAUCGUGAGCUCGACGUACACGCUGUUCUGGGUGGUCGUCGCGUUCUUGCUGAUUCUCGUCGAGGAAGACUGCAACAUGCGGCUCGGCGGGAGCUUCAUCAAGGCCUACAUUAUCGCGGUGGAAACCUGCAUGACGAUCUAUUACAGUGAAAAGUGCCCCCCACCCCCAAAGUUGCAAAAAUUUGUGAUGCGAAGUUUCCAAAUGAAAACUUUUUGUCAUGCAUGAAAGGAGUAUGAAUCUUUCUGAUGCAGAGUCUAGUCGUGUUUCGCAUCGCUUGCAUGACAAGCACCGCUCUUGCUGGGAUCUUUUGCAAUACAAAUUUUUGCUAUUCACGAGCGGAAAUCUGUGAUGCUGAUACAUACAUUCGUUUGGAAAGGUUUGCAAUACAAAUGCUUUCAAGUUCGGGGGUGGGGGCAUUUUUCACUGUCAUACGAUCGGGUACGGCAUGCACGACGAAACGUUCAACGGCUGCUGGUAUGGAUUGCAAAAGUGUCUGGGUCUAGAAACUUGUGAUGCUGGUUAGCGUAUCAUGAGCAAGCGAUAAGUGCUGGCUCAGCAUGACAAGUUUCUGAGCUUUUAGGUGUUGCCUAUUCUGCAUGACAAACUGCGUUUUUGCAUGACAGAAAAAUGGGGCUCUUGGGUAACGUGCAUGACAGAUUUAAGAGUCAUGCCAGACAAGCAUGACAAACGUGCACUCUUCCAGACCCAGACAUUUUUUCAUUUGAUAGCUGGCAGAUGGCGGUCAUCCUCUCCGCGGCCAGUUUGAUCUCCAUGAUCCUGGACGGCAUCUAUCGUGAGUAAAAAUGAGAGUCUGGUUGUCCUCGCGCAACUUCUGGCAAAUCAGAGCCUUAUUUUGCUGUUUGAUUUGCAUGAAAAACAGAUCGAGUAUAAUGAAGAGUUCAACAAAUGACCGAGUCGCAUGUCUUUCGUGUCGCAGUACAAGACGUGGAUUUUCCUCACAAUAAUGUCCUGAUCGGACUAAUUUUCAUGACGCUAACGAAUCCGCAGAGGCGCGCGGCCACUGUCGUGUUCACUGACAAAGCCAUCAUAAAGCUCAUAGACGGAGAGCCACACUUCGUUUUCCAGGUAAGGGGUGUUGCGAUGCAAAGUGAUUUUCAAUGCUGAAGUGUGGAAGAUUGUCGUGAUCGAACUAUUUCACAAUGUGUCGACCGCGAUGAAAAAACCCAAGAAAUUCUACUGUACAGGUAGCAGAAAUACGGAAGCAGUCCCUCCUCGAGGCACACAUUUUAUCAAAGUGAAAGGCCGUCGCUGUCAAUGUUGGCUGUGUCAUUCUGCAUGAUUCGCCCGCACGGCAAAACUCGAUACGCAUAAUUCCAACUCCUGCCAUAUGGCAGCACGCGGUAGUACCGCUAUCACAUUUGUUAUUCGUUCCCCCGCCUGCCAUUGACAAAAGUUUUCCGCACAAUUCGUUCGCUGCUACUGUUUCAAGCACUGCGACGUGAUCAACCCGCUGACCGGGCAGAAAUCCAAAUCCCGGGUGCUGCAGCAGUUUCCCAUGCGACUGCAGUCUCCGGACGACGAGUUAGGGGGCAUGCUGUUUCUGAGCACGCCCUUGCUGGUCGUGCACCGGAUCGAUGAGUGGAGUCCGCUGUACCGCCUGUACGAACGAGCCACCCACUGCGGCGUUCCGGACGGCACGGAGGCGGAGCACGUCCGCAUGGAUUCCUCCAGCUUUGACCAACCGGAGCGCGGCGGCGGCGCGCUGAGUCGGACCAACAGCGGCCUGCAGCAGGUCCUGUCGCCCAGUCAGAGCAGCCUCAUAACCGGGAAGCGCGGGCGGUCGCAGGUGCUGGCGGUGCAGCACUCCGGGGUGUUUGACGACGUCGAUAACUUACCGACGGGAGCGACAGCGAACAAGAGUAGCACGACACCGCUGUACGGAGCGCCGCAAAACAAGAAUCUGCUUGGUGGUGUUCUUGACAUUGAUAGCGCAGGUGCAAGAAUAAACGCAGUUGGAACCACGAUGAACAGCAGCAGUUCUUCUGCAAGAAGCCCUACGGGAGGAGCGGUUGCCGCAGCGGGAGGCGGGAGCAGCAGUUCCGCGUUGGAUCAAACUACAGUGCCUAACGACCUCCCGGACAACACCAGUACGAAGACCAAGUCGGGCAGUACGGUCAUCAAAUCCGCCGCGGGCCUAAAAUCCCCUUCCCCCACGGCGCGGAACGCCUCGAAAAGCCGGCUGGACGCGGAGUUUCAGGUGCGGUUUCAGGACUCCCGUGGGUUUACCUACUACCCGGAGCCCGGCGCGAGUGUUUAUUCCGAGCACUUGAAUAACGAGCGCGACUUUUUCGGCAGCCCGACGGAGCGCGAGCCCACGACGAUUUUCUGCGCCGGAGACAAUCACGCACAGUACCGGCGCAUGAUCGGCGUGCCCAACCACCGGUCCAUUCACGGCAUGACCGCGUCCGGCGACAGCAAACAUCCCAAGCAGUUCACGCGCAACGCCGACCGGCAGAGCAGCGGCGUCUUCGGGGAGCCGCAAGACCCGGAAAACAGCGGCGGGCAGUCGGCAGUCGAUAGAACCGCGAGUCAGCAGGAGGGGCGGGUUUCAACAGCGCAGGCUGAUGCGGCUGGCGUUCCGGGCGAACAAGCAGGCAACUACAACAUUGGGAAAGAUUCGACAGCAGUGGAGACGAGAAUAUCAAAACAUCAAAGCCAGGACGACACCCCGCCGCCCGCAGUUCUGAACAAUGCGUCGGGCGUAUUUCCUGAAACGUCGAGGCCUAGUCGGGUCGACGCCGGUAGAGCCAGCGCGUCGUCCCUGUCACUUGGACCAGCAGAACAAAAUGGAGCACAAUUACCCCACGCCCUCGGUGCCAGCUCCCCCAGCCCCGGAUCGUCGGCCAGCAACGCAGACCCGUCGUCGACCCGGGACAGCAAAGCGCGUAACCGAUUGUCCUCCACGUCAACAGCGAUUGCAGGUUUGACACUGACCGACCCGAUCAAGACAUCUCCGCGCGUGUCCGGCAGCGGUACGGGGUUCGGCGCAGCCAGCUACUUGACCAGCCUGCUGGCGGGCGGCGGAGUGACGUCCAAGGAAAUGAUGACGGCACAGGAGGAGGAGGGUCCCACCUACGUCGGAAAAAAGUCCUCGAUUGCCGCAGCAGUGGGAAGGACGAAAGACUUGUCUGCGGUCUCGCAAAGUAAGAACGGCGGUGCACCACCAGCUGGGGACUUACUGCAAGUGAACGAUCCCAGCAGGACAUCAGCGACAGGAAAAAUAGUAAGCGAGCAUUUGGAGAAACCAGAAGAAGAGAGCGCUGACCUAUUCAAUGUUAUCUGUGACGUCGUCGCUACGCAGGCUGGCAGUUCCGAGGCCGGCGCACCACAGAACGGAAACUCUAAUACCAGAGAGCAGAGGUUGUACAACUUCGCUCACGAACAGGUUUCCACCCAACUGUGCGCCCGGCGCGACUACGUGGCGCCGCCUCUGCGGAUGGUCGACGCGGAGCGGGGCAUGUUCACGCUCUACGCCUGCCCGUACUGCGGUGAAAGUUACGUCACCAAGUGGCUCUAUCGGAAGCAUCUCGUGCACAAUCGCGGACACGGUAGCAGAUUUGAUGUGAAGCGGGGUUGGAUAGCUAGAAGUCGCAGACAGUUCGUUGCUUGCCCCUUCGCAUGACAAGUUUCCAAAUUGUAGCAUAUACGAAAUGUAGUUCUUUUUGGAUGACCGCUAGUUACGCGACAAAAACAAACAGGCGACCACCCCGCGGAGCUACCGAAGUGGACGAAACAGAUGGAGAACGAGAAAAAGUUCGGCUACAACCUUUACCAGGAAAAUUCCAAACGGCUCGAGCACUGGGACGCGCGCAAGCGCAGCCAGCCGGUCAACCUUCUCAGCCAGGACUACUUCGAGGUUUUGAUUUUGGUGGAGGGUAUCGAGCCCUUCACUUCCACCACGGUGCAGGCACGGCAUUCCUACGCGUUUGGACAGGACAUCGUCAUCAACGGGGACUUCAUGCCGUGCACCUUUUUGAAACAGGACGGCACCGCCAUCGUGGACUUCGGGAAAUUUCACCAGGUCGUGCAGUCCAGCGAGGACCACUUUUUCGCGGCGAAGGAAGAAGUGAACAUUCCGCUGGAGUAGCGGGGGGGAAGGAGGUGCCACUGAUGCACUUGCAUUUCGGUUUUUAUGUAGCUGAAGUUCGGGCACUAGAUCGUCCGCAAAAGAUCUUUUUUUGAAGCGCGACGACGAGAAAAUUUUUCGCCUGUGAUGUUUCUUUCGCGAAAUGACGAUGCUUGUAUGUACUUUGCGCGACAUCAAAGAUUUGCGAUCGGCAAGCUUGUGCAGGAACGAUAAAAUAUUAGCAGAGUCGACGCCUCUCGAGCUCUUUUCUACGGACAAAAUGUUGAAAGACCCGCAAACUUCGUAUACUCUGAGACCCAUUCAAUUUGACGGCUUCCUACGACCCAUGUUUUUAGCUGAGUUUUACUUUUCUUGUCAGAAUGUCUAUUUUGGAUGAAGAAAUAAAACAUUUAGAAGUAACCGGUAAAAUCACUCGCUUUUCCCAUCGUGCAUGGUUUCUUGCUGUUUGGUGGAAGGAGAACGGCCUGUAGUUGUUUGAAUUUUUGUUGAAAGUUAGGGAUGUCUUGAAAUGCGGUCGGAGUUCUGUCAGUCCCGUGUACAACUUUUCCGAAGUAAGAACCAGUGAAGCAGUCGUGCAGUCUAGUAGGCUUGCAUAUUUUUUGAAUGAAAUUUUUUAUGAGUAGAGUUACUCAAGAGCCUGUGGCGGGGACGCAUUGGCCUCUUCGGUACUAGGACCGAGGUGGUUGAUGUUUCUGCCUGGGCAAAGGAGUUGUCGCACUAGUCAUCCGAAGCACGCGCUUCGUUCGCGAUUUCCCGUGCAGGUGCAAAGAAACUGCAAAGAAUAGGAUGCAUGAAAAAUACUACAGAAAAAUAUUUUAAUGAACCCAGUCUUUUGGUACCGGAUGCGGAGGAGAAGCAGCUCGCAGUCCAACAU